UCUCCUGCAGCAACAAUGAGUUCAGUUCAGGCUUUGAGAGAGUUUAUCAAGCAGCGACUAACUGCUGCUGCUGGAGAAAUAUUCACCGUGUUUCAACAAACUAUCGUCCAGUUCGAGGAGGAGAUUUAUCGACAGAGAAAACUUCUGGAAAUCAACUGGAAAUCUCAAAUCAACUUCCACAGAACAGAGAGUCCACAGCAACACAAUGGUAACCAGCAGACGAGCUCCAACCACUCUGUGAGAGACUUGACCACCCAGAGACUCACUGCUGCUGCUGAGGAAAUAUUCACCCUGUUUCAACCAACUGUGGUUCAGUACGAGGAGGAGAUUGGUCGUCAACGCAGAAUGCUGGAAAUCAACUGGAAUCCUCAAAUCAAGUUACACAGAGCAGAGCUCCAACAGGACCAUGACUGCAGAGAGGAGCAGCUCUUUAAACAGGAAACAAACUACAGUCUAGGACAGGAUGAACCAGAACCUCUACAGAUAAAAGAUGAACCAGAAUCUCCGCACAUCAAAGAAGAACCAGAACCUGAACAGAUUAAAGAAGAAAAAGAAGAACCAGGACUUGGUCAGUUUAAGGAGGAGCAGGAGGAACCAGAAUCUUCACAGAUUGAGGAAGGCGAGGAACUCAGUACCAGCCAGAAGGGAGAACGAUUUAUUCUGAAGUUUGAAAGUGAAACCUUUCAGGUUCCUUCUGUUGAGGAUCAAAGUGACCUGAGUGAAGCAGAAGUACCAGAGACUGAGCAGUUCCUCUCUCAGGACUCUGAAGUCCACCAUGUGAAAAGACACAUUGACUCAGAAUCAACUGGAAAUGCAAAGCUGAAAAAACUCAACAUGUUUCAUAGAAACAGUGUGAACAACUUUCAUGUUUCAGAGAAGCAGGCUGAAUGUGAAAAGCUUCUUUUUGAAGAAAUGUGUGAUAAAACUGACAAUAAAAAACAUCAAUUAUGUCAGAAGGUCAGAAUGGUCACUGAUGAGAAGAUACUUUGUGAAACAUGUGGCAAAAGUUUCAGUCAACCGAGUCAUUUGUUGGUCCACAUGAGAAGUCACACAGGUGAGAAGCCUCAUUCUUGUGAAACAUGUGGCAGAACUUUCAGUCAACCGAGUCAUUUGUUGGUUCACAAGAGAAUUGACACUGGUGAAAAGCCUCAUUCUUGUGAAACAUGUGGCAAAAGUUUCAGUCGGCAGAGUCAUUUGUUGUUUCACAAGAGAAUUCACACUGGUGAGAAGCCUCAUUCUUGUGAGACAUGUGACAAAUGUUUCCGUCGACAGAGUGAUUUGUUGCGACACUUGAGAACUCACACAGGUGAGAGGCCGUAUUCUUGUGAAAAAUGUGACAAAAGUUUCAGUCGACAGAGUCAUUUGAUGCGACACAUGAAAAGUCAGAAACAUAGCCAUUUCUUCCUAUAGGCCAACUAGGCGAAUGCCUAGGGCCCCCAGGCUACCAGGGAGCCCCAAAGCUGCAUGUUCAACCUCUUCAGAGGAUAAUUGAAAU